AUGAGUGAGUUUUGGUUGUGUUUCAACUGCUGCAUUGCAGAACAGCCUCAGCCUAAAAGACGACGGCGGAUUGACCGAAGCAUGAUUGGGGAGCCGACAAACUUUGUUCACACAGCUCAUGUAGGAUCAGGAGACCUGUUCAGUGGAAUGAAUUCGGUCAGCUCCAUUCAGAACCAGAUGCAGUCCAAGGGAGGCUAUGGAGGCGGCAUGUCUGCGAGUGUUCAGAUGCAGCUCGUAGAUACAAAGGCAGGAUAACCUUGGGGAAACCUCUGCAGUUUAUGUGACUUUCCGUCUUCUUUCCUGUGUCCCCUCCUUU